ACCGUUUCCUCUUCUCUACGCACACAAACACAAACACCACUUCGCACUGCCAGAGAGGAAAACAAACCAACAAAAUGGCGUCCAACACUCUCUUCUCUGUCCUCUCCAUGCUCCUCCUCCUCUUCCUCCGCCCCUCCUCCGCCGCCCACGACUACCGCGACGCCCUCCGCAAAAGCAUCCUCUUCUUCGAAGGCCAGCGCUCGGGCAGACUCCCCGCCGAUCAGCGCCUCCGCUGGCGCCGCGACUCAGCAUUGCACGACGGUGCAACGGCCGGAGUGGACUUGAGCGGAGGGUACUACGACGCCGGAGACAACAUAAAGUUCGGUUUUCCAAUGGCGUUCACGACUACGAUGCUGUCGUGGAGCGUGAUCGACUUCGAGAAGAGCAUGGGAGCGGAGCUCGGGAAUGCAUUGAAGGCAGUGAGGUGGGGGACCGAUUAUUUGCUGAAGGCGACGGCGAAGAUUGGUUCCGGCGUGGUGUUCGUGCAGGUUGGUGACCCUUACUCCGACCAUAACUGUUGGGAGAGACCGGAAGACAUGGACACGCUACGCACCGUUUUCAAGAUCGACGGGUCCCACCCAGGAUCUGACGUGGCAGGAGAAACUGCCGCUGCACUCGCUGCUGCCUCCAUCGUCUUCAGAUCACGUGACCCCUCCUACUCUACCAUGCUCCUCAAUCGAGCCGUUGCGGUGUUCCAGUUUGCGGAUUCGCAUCGUGGCGCGUACAGUAACAGCCUGAGGCGUGCAGUCUGCCCGUUUUACUGCGACGUGAAUGGUUACCAGGACGAGUUGCUGUGGGCAGCAGCGUGGUUGCACAAGGCAUCACGUAGGCGUCAGUACAGAGAAUACAUUGUUCGGAACGAAGUGGUGUUAAGAGCAGGGGACACCAUAAAUGAGUUUGGUUGGGAUAACAAGCAUGCUGGGAUUAAUGUCCUCAUUUCGAAGGAGGUCUUAAUGGGAAGAGCAAACUAUUUUUCGUCCUUCAAACAGAAUGCGGAUCAAUUUAUCUGUUCUACAUUGCCUGGAAUUUCUCACCCUCAAGUUCAAUAUUCCCCGGGUGGGCUUAUCUUCAAGGCGGGUGGAAGUAACAUGCAGCACGUAACGUCCCUGUCUUUCCUGCUCCUGGCUUAUUCUAACUACCUAAGCCACGCCAAUAAGGUCGUGCCAUGUGGCGAGACCACUGCCACCCCAGCUUUACUCAAACACCUUGCCAAACGUCAGGUGGAUUACAUUCUCGGAGACAACCCCUUGGGAAUGUCGUACAUGGUUGGAUAUGGCCCACGCUACCCGCGCAGGAUACACCAUCGGGCCAGCUCGCUUCCCUCCGUGGCGGUCCACCCAGCCCGCAUUGGCUGUAAAGCUGGAUCUCGGUAUUUCUUUAGCCCAAAUCCCAACCCCAAUGUAUUGGUUGGGGCCGUGGUGGGUGGGCCCACCAAUAACACAGAUUCCUUCCCGGAUUCCAGGCCUUUCUUUCAGCAAUCCGAGCCCACAACAUACAUCAAUGCCCCGCUGGUGGGCCUUCUGGCUUUCUUUUCAGGCCACUAUUGACUUUGAAACUGUAUCUAUCUAUCUAUCUAUAUGAUUACAUUCCAUGUGGUCACCCUAAGGGAAAAGAAAAGAAUGGAGAAGAAGAGUAUUGUCAGUAAUAGUAUAGUAUUUUGGUUUGCAGUGUUUUUUUAGUAAGUGAAGUGAUGAUAGUGCAAUUUGUAUACUAUAGGAUUCUAUGUAACGGGGUUUAUGGUCAAUGCUUUCAAUUUAUAUACUUCUGUAAUUAUGAAUUAAAUCCUUCAAAACGGAUCGCAGACCAUCACACGCUGUGUUCAUGGCAAAUUUACUA